GGAAUUUCGGACGGGGCGGAAGGAGCGGCGGUGGGGCCUGGGCACGGAGGAGGGACGAUGCCAUAUAAGAAGACAACUGCUGGAAAAAGAGCCCCUGCAAAAAGGAAACUCGCUGAAGUGUUUGCUCUGGGUGAGGUUCUAGCAGAUACAUCAAGAAAAGAAUGGAAAUUAGGUGUCCCUAUAGGGCAAGGAGGCUUUGGACGCCUAUACCUUGCUGAUGUUAAUUCUUCGAAGUCGGUUGGCAGUGAUGCACCUUAUGUUGCAAAAGUGGAACCCAGCCAGAAUGGACCUCUUUUUACUGAGUUAAAGUUCUACAUGCGAGCUGCUAAGCCAGACGAAAUUCAGAAGUGGACUAAGUCCCAUAAACUGAAAUAUUUAGGUGUACCAAGAUAUUGGGGUUCUGGCUUGCAUGAAAAAAAUGGAAACAGUUAUCGAUUUAUGAUAAUGGACAGAUUUGGCAGAGAUCUUCAGAAGAUGUAUGAAGAGAAUGCAAAGCGAUUUUCCCAUAAAACUGUACUACAAUUAGGCCUGAGAAUACUUGAUAUUCUGGAAUACAUCCAUGAGCAUGAAUAUGUGCAUGGAGACAUCAAGGCCUCAAACCUUCUUCUGAGUUACAAGAACCCUAAUCAGGUAUAUUUGGUGGAUUAUGGACUUGCGUUCCGAUACUGUCCUGAAGGAGUUCACAAAGUAUAUAAAGAAGAUCCUAAAAGGUGCCAUGAUGGAACUAUUGAAUAUACCAGUAUUGAUGCACACAACGGUGUGGCACCAUCAAGACGUGGUGAUCUGGAGAUCUUGGGUUACUGUAUGAUUCAUUGGCUUAGUGGCCAUCUACCAUGGGAGGAUAAUUUGAAAGAUCCAAAUUUUGUCAGAGACUCAAAAAUCAGAUGUAGAGAUGAUGUUUCAGUUUUGAUGGACAAAUGCUUUCCUGGGAAAAAUAAACCAGAUGAAAUAGCCAAAUAUAUGGAAAAGGUAAAGCUACUGAGCUAUGAAGAGAAACCUGUUUAUCAGCAUUUCCGAGAAAUACUUCUGCAAGGUCUUAAGGCCAUUGGGCAAAAAGAUGAUGGAGUACUUGACUUCGGCUUGUCAGAAAAUGGAGACUUGAAAACAAAUCCCAUGCAAAAGAAAAAAAGAAAGGCGGCAGCUACAGCCAAUGAGAGCACCGAAGCAGAAAUGGAAGAUACAGGAAGUCCAGAAAAAAAGAAACCUACUUCUUCUAAUGCGGUAGCUACCAGAACCCGGAAGAUGACCUCACCAAAACCCAAGAAAGUCACAGCAACCAGAAAGAGAGUCCAGAAGUAAAUAGUAGAUGGAGCAAACUAAGUUGCUCUUUGGCUUAUCUCUGGGUUUUUUUCAGUUACUGUAGCACUGGAAUCUUUUUCUUUCCUUUUCUAAAUGAUGAAUCCUGUAAAAACACGGACUGCUGUUUGUACCUGGUUUUGAAGAAUAAAUGUUUUAUUAAAAUAUUUGCAUAAUUUAUGUAUACUUAAAUACUGAUGCAAAAUUUUGCCAAUUUUGAAGUGAGGAUGCAUUUUUAUUCUUUAUGUACACAAAUUCAUAUCUUAAAGGUGAACUGAAAGAAAGUGCUUUUUUCUGCGUUAUAAUGUAGAAAUAAAGCCUUAUUUAGUUUUGUUAUGGGUAUUUUAUAAGGAACAGCAGUGUUGCAUCUGACUUCUAAUUUUGAGUAAAGCCUUAUUGGAGGUCACUUAGAUGUACACUGAGAUGAAGUCCAAAAUGGUAGAGACAUCUUUUAAAUAUUUCUCAAGUGUUUGAAUUAAAAAAAGAGAACAUAAGACAAAAAUCACAUCCUUCCAUUCUUGUUUGUUAUAAGAUGUGUUUAAACAAUUCUUUGGAGGACAGGUAGCAAAUUUUAGGUUGGGUUGGUUUGGU